ACAGAGCUCUCUUUAUGCUCCGGAUCUUAUCUCCGCUGAAGAAAGGGCAGGGCGAUGUACGGCUCGCUAAGCCAGCAGGCCGUGCGGGCGGCGCGCCGGUGCCCGCGGGGCGGCGGUGCGGGAGCGGCGGUGCGGGAGCGGCGGUGCGGGAGCGGCGGGCGCGGAGCAUCCCCGCGGCCGGGGCGGCAUGGCAGCUGCGGGAGGUGGAGCCAGCCGCUGACCUGCCGGCAUCGCCGCACGGGCGCAUCUUCUGCCGCCAAUAAACCCUCCCUUCUUCCUUCCCAUCCGCGCCGGAAAACGCCAGGAAAACAUAAAAUGCAAAUAUAUUAUUAAAAAAAAAAAUCUUUUCCGCAGCAGGGCCGGAGGAAGGCGGGGAGGGCAGGUGCGCAGGGCGCCUCCGCCGGCGGCGGGCGGUGCGUGAGGAGCUCGGCGGGCGCUGCCGCCAUGGAACACAUCCGGAUGCCCAAGGUGGGUCCCGCCGGCCGCGGCAGCAUCCCCAGGCCGCUCCCGCUCCAGCCCCAGGGAGCCUCGCACCGCAGCCCUGCGGGCCUCUACGGUCUUCCAGCUGAUGCUGCGGGCUGCUUCCCGGCCACCUUGCCGCGAUACCUGCCCAGAACGCCGGGAGGUGGGCGCGUUGCUCUGCGCUAUGGGCUUGUCGGGCUUCUCGCUCAGUCCCUCUGUUAGCGCAGGCACCGGCCGUGAGCUGCAGGUAUGCGGAAUGGGAGCUGUGUUACCUGCUUCUCGGACGCCUUUCGUUUGCCCAAAGAUUUCAGACUUGGUGAUGAAUUAUUUAGUGUUUCUAUGCAUGUUUGAUCUUUAGCCGACAUAAUCCGUCUUUUCCUACAGCUUUCUAAGCACUAGGCCCGUAUUUGUUAACAAAAUUGCCACGUUGCUCUAGGAAAAAAAAAAAAAAAGACAGUUUUAACACGUAAAAGGCGUAGAUAAAAAGUAAAAACAAAAAACUGAACCAGAGCAAUAUGUUAAUUCGAAAUGGGGUGGGAUAUAUUUUCAUAUUUAUUUAUUUAUUUAAUACAGAAUCACAGAAUAACAGAAUAAUGAGGUUGAAAGAGACCUCUAAGAUCAAGUUCAACUUAUGUCCUAACACCUCAACUACAUUAUAGUAUAACUCAACCUCCUGAAUUUAAGAAUUUAUUUGUAUUUAUUAUCAAGAUUUAAUAUGAUGGCCCUUGUUAUUUGUCUUAUCUUUUUUGGCCUUUAGGUGUUAAGUUGUAAAUCUAGUAACAAGAUAGGCAUUUAUAACAACUGCCUUUCUUCUAAUCUCAUUUCAUUAUCUGUUAUCUCCCUUUCUGGGAAGGAAGAAUUUCAGAAUAGUAUGACUGUGUCCUCCUGCAGCAAGGUACAAUCAGUAGAAGUUGUCUGUGCAGAAGCUCCUGACCAAUUGCUGAAGAAUGCUGAAAGCAUGAACAAGAAAAAUGUUGAAAACAAACUAAUAAGGGUAGAAAAAUAUCAAAAAAAUGAAUGGUUGUGUUUGCUGUGAAUGGAAGACCCAGGAAAGUCCCUGUUGCAGGCAAUGGAUGCUUAUCUGUUUCCUUUUCUACAAGCAGAUCCUGGUCCAGAAAAUAUUACUCUGCAUAUGUAAAAGCCAUUUCUGUAUCUGGUACUGUGAGAAGGCACUGUACCGAUGCCUCAGGUCACUGAAAAUCUUAACUCAGUGUGACGUGAUUCUGCAGUCCUGGAUCCUGGCAGUCUUUUACAUUAUAGCUAUGCUGAAAGGUAUCUGAUAUAAUAGAGCAGUUUAGAAGGCAUGAUUUAAAGAUACAAGGGGUACAAAAAUCCUUAAAAAUAUCCAAUUUCCAACAUAAAUGUAGGAAAUCAACAUGAGUCACUACUGAAAUACUUCAUUUCUCCAGUUACUCCUAAAUACACUGAAAAAUCAAUGUAUCUACAGCUACCUGACAGAAUUGAUACAUUUGAUUUUUUUUUAACCCCUCAGCUUAAAAUCAGCCACCAGUAAUUGUUGGGGUAUUUUGUUUUGUUUUUACUGAAUUUGGUUUUGAUAAUUUGGAACUGAACAUUAAAUGUUUUCCAAUGCCCGUAAUGUAAAAAUAGGUAAGGGAAAGCUCACAGUAUCAUGUGUUAGCCUCUGGUGUCACAUUUCCUGACUCCAUACCAUCUUGUCCUGAGAGAAAUUUGAGAAGUGACUGCCCUGCUCUGCAAUGGUAUUAAUCUCUGAAUAAUGACACUUUCCUGAUUCACAAACCCAUCCACAUGGAAAAUCAAGAUAAAUUCCAUACUUAGCAAGUUAAUAAACUUAAUAAUGUCUGAAGACACAAUUCUUGGCCCAAGUAGAAGCUUUUCCUUCAAAGGGAUUUCUAUAUUACAUAAUGCCCAUUAGGUCCCAGCAGUUGUUUUAAUUUUAAGUGAAAUAUGACUGUAGUGAUUUAUGGUUCAUAAAUAUUAAAAUUAAUCUGAUAAAACAUAACAGACAUUUAAAAAGCAGAAGGUAAUUCCAUACCAGUUGGAUCAGUAGUUCAUUAAGAUAACUACUCUGUCAGAGUGACAGAGGAGAGAGAGCAUUUAGACCUGGCCACAUUCUGCAGCUUCUCAGCAUCUACAGUUGUAUUAGGGUCCAGCUCUUCCUGGUUCCAUUUGUGUCCAUUUAUGGAUCUUUCUGUGUGAGUUAGCCAGAGCUCCUUAUAGACAGGAUGACACUCUCCAGCUCCACAGCCAGCAUGGAAGUGAGCUCCAGAAAACCAUGGCUUUACAAAAAUUACCUUCUUCUAUCUUUUGAAAAGUCCUGAGUAGCUUCCUUCAGUAUUGCUUCCUUCUAGCUUCAAGGAUUUGGUUAAUAAAUACUCCAUGUUCAUCUUAUCCAUGCCUUCACAGUAAAUCUUGAUCACAACUCACCAGAUUCUGAUAAUUUCAGAGAAAUAUCAUCAAUGACCCCAAGACCUCUUUCCUAUGUCCAGUCCAUUGGAUUGGACAGAUGUGUUUUAGGUUGUUUUUCCUGGAGGUAUUCUACCAUGGCUGUCUGUGUUGAAGCCCCUAUGUGUCUCUUGCCCACACACUGUUUUGCAAGACUCUUCUGGAGUAGGAUUCCUCACCGCAAAAGUCAUUCUAGUGCUUUUCCAACAGACUGUACGUAUCCACCUGCUAACACACUAUUUGGUGUACUGACCACUAUUGCUCUAUUGUUAUACUCUUGGUAGAAAACAGGGUGCAUACAUGAUGUAUGGCUGUAUGAACAUACAUAGGCACUGUAUUUUCACAAGGUAAAUGCCAUCCUAUGUAUGAAGGGUGUAAUUGAAGUUUAAGAGUUGGAAACCCUCCCUCAUUGCUGAGUAGAAUUAUAUAUUACUCCCAUGGCCCUUUAAAAAUUAAAAAUUAGUAAAACCAGUGACUGACAUGAGUUUGGAUUGGACAGCAAGAUAAUUUAGGAGAACUCUCCAAACCCAAAAUGUGACAAACAGCUCAUAACAUUCUGAAAAAAAGAAAUCAGGAAUACUUCUGAGAAUAUUAGAAGCAUGUUUUAUGAGUAUGUGUAGAGAUAUGUCUGGCCAAGAACGGGAUGAAAGAUACAGAGCUCUGUAGAUAUGUUCAUAUCAUUUGUGUUUGUAUAUUGGCAACAGGCCUACUUAAUGGCCUUAUAAUAAAGAAUACAUCAGUUUAUCCCUGGUGUACUAGCUGUCUUCAGGGGACUUAGCCCAGAAAUUCUUUUGGCUCAGUGUUAACGGAAUACUUGGGAUGACUUGAAUUGCUUGAGUGCUUUCAUUUUUGUGAUGUUAAGGUGAGGUAUUUCCUCAGGCAGAAUUUAAUAUAUGCUUCUCUCGGGCAGAAUUUAAGAUCUGCUCCUAUUUGUUAAUGACGAAUCUAUCUACCAGAUGUAUUGCUUCAAAGAAUAAAUUUCCAGCAUGUGUAAAUGAGCUGUGUGUUUGCUUUUGUUUUCAAUCUACUUUCCAUAAUUCUUGCUUUUUUUUAUAAAAUUUUAUAAUAUGUCCUUUUUCACAAAGUCUCCAUCAGGAAACCCAUGUAAUUUAUAUCCACUUUAUAUAUCACAAUGGUGAAACACUUGUAAAGGUGUCUAUCCAGAUCAAUAACAAAAUUGAACUCAGCAUGCCCAGCCUUUGCUUUCCAACUUAAUGUUCUGGGUUACUUGAUCUCCACACUUUUUUAAGGUAAGUUGGCAUAUUCUACCACUGUUCUCUGUGUGCUUUCUGUUGAGAUAAGGUGUGAUGUUGUAGUUAUGUUCUCUGUAUCCAAGCUACAAUUCCUUUUGGAAAAGUUUGAUUUAUUUCAGUUACAUAGAAAGGUGGCAGCAGCCCUGAAGUGGUAUCGGGAAACACCUGGGGACAUGGACUGGUUGUUUCUCCCACUGGGAAUGGGGAAUGGAGUGCCACAGACAUUUCACUAUAGCACUAGAGUUUGGCUAAAGUUGUGUUUAGUUUGCUACUUAGAAAAGGUAGAGGAGGUGAGGCUGGCAUGACCUUUGCCUUUUAAUGCUGUUUUGGGUCAUCAGGUUACAGCAAAUACAUUGUGCAACAUCUUUUAAGUGCAAGGUUGAUUUCCUGCUUUUGAGUGUUGUGUGAAGGUGGUUUCUGUACUUUCAUCUAAGUAUACAACUUAGAGCAGUGUGUUUUACAAUUCAGCUGGUGUUUUCUGACUUCAUAACUGUUUCUCAUGUUACAUCAUUGUUAAAAAUUGUUUAGCCUGUUCUGGGUCCAGUAAUGUUUAAUGGCUUCAAAUAUGUCAUUCUAUUUUGCUGCUUUAGUUAAAUGAUGCAUUAAAACAUCUGCACUAAUCCUGGACACGUUUAAGUCUGAUUUUGUGAGUUAUGGAUUUUUUAUUAUUAGGAAAUCUUCCUUGUUUAGAAUGCAACUUAGUUUUCUUUGGGUUCCAUUUUUUCCAUCUUUGUGCCAUGAAACUUUGAGCCUGAAGGAUAAAUUUAAUACAAGUGAGCUUUUUAGUAUACUAUUCCAGAAAAUGUUCUGUGGUAACAUCAGACUGGACGUGGAUAAAAUAAAAAUAAGAGCUGCAGAAAAUGUCCACAUAUUGUAGGAUCAGACUUAAAAAAUCUGUUUGGAAUUGUGCUAUAAAAUACUUGUUUUGAAUUAGAGUCAUCAAGCUACCUUCUUAUGAGUGUGAGUUUUGAUUUAAACAAAAUCUUGUCAUAGCCAUUAUUCUCAAAAUAUUUAGCCAAAAAUGGUCGGAAGAUCACACAGACUUUCAUCUUUUCAAUAAUAUGAUGCUCAGUAAAGAGGUAGCUGGAUAAAACAAGCUCUAAAAUCAUAGGUGGGUAGUAAUUUUAAUUUGUUGUCUAUUUAUGUCUAAACUGCUAACUCUAAACCUUAUUGCACUUGAAAAUAGUACUGGAAAUCAUUAAGACUGCAUGUCUGCAGGGUCCUCUUUGAGAUAUUUUUUUUUUAUUCAUAGUAGGAGGCUGAAGUUGGAAUGAAGGAUUUGAGAAGUUAGACUUCGGGGUGGUCAAGGCUGGAAUCUCUAGGCCUGCUGUUAAUGGGCCCAAGUGGGUGGUAUUUGAGCUAUUGCCAUCUGUAAAGAAAAGGAAUUAUCUAUUUGCAAUAGAAAAUGCACACUGACAUUUCCUGCUCUGCAGGUGUACUCUGCUGAGAAAGACAGGUCCCUACCACCAGAAAAGGAGUCCAACAAUCCAUUUUUAAUGCAAAUCUCUCAUGGCCUGCACAGCUGAAAUGGCUUGGUACUUCUGCUUUAAAAUAGGCUGCUGAACAGGGCAUGGUUUUAAACAUGUAACAGAAAAGCCUGUAUCAAAUGCAAGAGUUUAAAUAUAUAUUUUUUAUUAGUAUCCUUUGGCUGUAUGCAGAAUUCUUUCUCCCUGUAUAUCUUUUCAGAGCCAAAUCUAAACAAAUUUGGCAAAUGUAUUAAGAUUUGCUGCCUUGGGGAAGCCCUGUUUUUUCCUAAAUUAAAGCCCUUAGAUAGGAUUUUUAACUGAGUGCACUUAGUUGCUCUUAUUAUGCAGCUGCUACUAAGGUGUAUCUGAUAAUGCGGUGCUGACCUCACUCUUUGGAGAUCUUAGCAGUUUAGUUUCUUUUUAAAGCCAAAUUAUUAGGGACUUUGUUGUCUGUCUUGCUAUUAUGAAUCAGUCCUUAUUAUUUUUUCAGCUCUUCCUCCAUUUCACUUUAGUCCUUUAGAAAAUUAAACUUGUUAUAUUUUUCUUGAAUAUUUUCCCCCAUCCUGCCAGAUUUGCCCUGAGGAAGCUUUUUACAAUGCAUCUCUUAAAGUGUCUUUGCUUAAAUGUAAUUACUUACUUUUGGCUUUGAGUCUUUUGACAUAUGCAGCCAUCUAACUUCAUAGACUGUGCAUUAUUUUACUGCACUUGGGAGAUCUUUUCAGAGAGGAAAAUAUAAAAAAGUAACAUGCAUCAAGUACAGUUUUUAUAAUUCUUAUGAAAUAGAAUGGAAACCACAUUAAAAGGCAGCAUCAAUUGGCAAUUCAUUUUUCUUUUAUUCUUGCUCCAAGAUCAUGCAAGAAAGAUCACUUACUAUAUAUUUUGUUUAACAAGUACAACACUACUAUCUUUGUGUUGGAAAAAAAGAGUAAUAGCAUUUGGUCUUUUACAUGUUGUGUUUUUUCACUCUCAGGAAUUAUGCUAAACACGUGGAUAGCUGGGGUCAACCAGGGUGAAGAAAGCUCAGAUAUUCCACUUGGCCUCAAACCAUACCAGCUGUGCUCCUUUUUUCUCAUUAGGCUCAGGCUUUUGUCUGCCGCAGUGCUAAGGCCAAUGAGAGUCCUGUCAUGAAUUCCCAGGAUGCAGUUUCUUGCUUUUACUCGUGUGUAACCUCUUGAGGAGAGUAGGGAAGGCAGCAGAAAUCUCUGGUCGGUCUAAGGCCAAGGGGAUGAAUGAAAAGUGGCCUUUCUUUAUCCUUGAAGAAUCACUGGAACUCAUUGGUACAGCCAAAUUUCAAGGUACUUAAUCAGCUUUUACAUGAAACUUGCUUUUACAGAUUGGGGUAGAGCAGUGAAUUUCAAGUGUCUGAGCAAUAGAGAAGCUCCUGAGGAUGUGGACUGCGUGAAGACAUUCCCUGCUUACCUUUAAUUAGCAGCUCUCUCCUGGAUGGGAGGGUUUUCUAGCCUUUCUCCUUCUUGGGAUAAGGUAUUAGAGGAGAUGAAUUAAGGCUCCUCCUAAAGGAAUGGGGAACUUUUGGUGACAUGGGAGCUGAUCUCUUUUGUUUUUGGCUGACAAGCAGGCUUUUCAGCUUCUUCAAGAUGCUCAGUGAUAACAGGCAGUUCAGUGAUGACCAUGGCAAUGACUAGCUGUUCAAGUGUCUUCAAGUUAGCUAAUGCAUAGGAAGCAAACACAUAGACUUAAAACCUAUGUAGUGAGAAAAAAACCCUUUGAGAUUUUUUUUUUCAUAAUUCAAAAUUUAAUUCUAUUGGAAAAUCCUACAGCAGAGACCAUUUUGAGUCAGAUAGCAUCUCCAUGCUGCACAUGAUCUUUGCUGUGACAGGAAGCUCCAGUUCUGGCCAAUCUGCUGUACAGUUUUGCUUCUCCUUUCCGUGCUCAGUCUGAGCCCACAGUUGGAACUGAUCCUGUGUUUAUCUUAAAAAGCUUUCCCAUGUGGAACUGUGAGCAGCCUGAAGUAGUAUCAGUAAUUUCUGCACUGUUUUGAGAUGCUGACGUGUUUGGAGACACUUGAACAGCUUAAAGUGAGGACGAAGGUAGAAUAUUCAAAAAGCAUUCAAAAAUAGGUAAUGCAGUCAAAGCUUAUUUAAAAAGCUAUUUAAACUAAAAAUGAAAACGAAUUAGAGUACUUGAAUAAUUUUAGGAAUAACAUUUUGGCACACAAACUUUUCCAAAUGCUUUCAGGGUCGUAUACUUGCUGUUCUUCCUUAGGUGGGAGUCCUGUUGAAACUGGUGGGAGUUGUGCCUGAAUAAAACUUUGGCCCAUGAUUUUCCCUAAUAUAACAUUUUUUUUCUUGAAUGACCUCUUGGCAGCCUUGUUUGUGGAAAAUGUUAGGUUACUCGAUCGUUUAUCUUCAAGAAGAGCUGUGGUGGGAACCUUAUAUUUAACAGCUACCCAUGUCAUAUUUGUGGAGAAUGGUUCUGAAACUCGCAAAGAAACCUGGGUUCUUCACAGUCAAAUUGCCUCUAUUGAGAAGCAAGCCACCACUGCCACUGGUUGCCCAUUACUGAUCCGCUGCAAAAACUUCCAGGUCAUCCAUCUGGUGAUCCCUCAGGAACGAGACUGCCAUGACGUUUACAUAUCUCUGAUACGUCUGGCUCGACCAGUGAAAUAUGAAGAGCUGUAUUGCUUCUCCUUCAAUCCCAAAUUAGACAAAGAAGAACGAGAACAAGGGUGGAAGCUUGUGGACCUCAAUGAGGAAUAUAAUCGGAUGGGUGUUCCAAACAACUAUUGGCAGAUUAGUGAUGUCAACAGAGACUACGGAGUCUGUGACUCCUAUCCUACAGAAGUCUACGUACCAAAGUCUGCAACUGCACACAUCAUAGUGGGGAGUUCUAAAUUUCGCAGCCGAAGGCGUUUCCCAGCUCUUUCCUACUACUGCAAGGGUAACAAUGCCUCCAUAUGUAGAAGCAGCCAGCCAUUAUCUGGCUUUAGUGCUCGAUGCCUUGAGGAUGAACAGAUGCUCCAGGCCAUCAGAAAAGCCAAUCCAGGAAGUGAUUUCAUAUAUGUUGUUGACACUCGGCCCAAACUCAACGCAAUGGCAAACAGAGCAGCAGGGAAGGGAUAUGAAAAUGAAGACAACUACUCCAACAUCAAGUUUCAAUUCAUAGGCAUUGAGAACAUCCAUGUUAUGAGAAAUAGUCUGCAGAAAAUGCUUGAAGUUUGUGAGCUGAAAUCACCUUCAAUGAGUGACUUUCUGUGGGGCCUAGAAAAUUCAGGCUGGCUGAAGCACAUCAAAGCCAUUAUGGACGCUGGCAUUUUCAUUGCAAAGGCUGUGGCUGAGGAAGGUGUGAGUGUGCUUGUUCACUGCUCUGAUGGCUGGGAUAGGACAGCCCAGGUUUGCUCUGUAGCAAGCCUUCUGUUGGAUCCAUAUUACAGAACUAUGAAGGGAUUCAUGGUGUUAAUUGAAAAAGACUGGGUUUCCUUUGGCCACAAAUUUAACCACAGGUAUGGCAACUUAAAUGGAGAUCCAAAGGAGAUAUCGCCUGUUAUUGAUCAGUUCAUUGAAUGUGUUUGGCAGUUAAUGGAACAGUUUCCUUGUGCCUUUGAAUUCAAUGAAAGAUUCCUCAUCCACAUACAGCAUCACAUCUAUUCUUGCCAGUUUGGGAAUUUCCUGUGUAACAGCCAGAAAGAGAGAAGAGAGCUGAAAAUCAAAGAACGAACAUAUUCAUUGUGGGCUCACUUGUGGAAAAAUCGUGCUGAUUACCUGAAUCCUUUAUACAGGUCAGACCAUAGUCAAACCCAAGGGACCCUGCACCCACAGAUCGCUCCAUGCAACUUCUUGUACAAGUUCUGGAGUGGUAUGUACAACCGCUUUGAAAAGGGGCUGCAUCCUCGACAGUCAGUUACUGAUUAUCUGAUGGCAGUGAAGGAAGAAACUCAGCAGCUGGAAGAAGAGCUGGAAGUCUUACAAGAGAGAUUGGCAAAUCUUCAGAAAUCACAGUCAGGUAAUAAUAAAGUCAAGAGUAAGCAGCAAGACCGAAACAAACAGUUUGGACUGUAUACUUCCAACAACAGCUUAGCUAACACUCCUCAGGAGUAUAGCAAUGAUCUGAAAUCAUUCCCAUCCCGGAGCCCUUCGCAAGGAGAUGAAGAUUCCGCCCUAAUUUUGACACAGGACAACCUGAAAAGCUCUGAUCCUGACCUCUCAGCCAACAGUGACCAGGAGUCCGGUGUGGAGGACUUAAGCUGUAGAUCCCCAAGUGGGGGUGGCUGCUUGCCUAGUGAAGACAGUGGCAAGGACUCUGAUGAAGCUGUAUUUCUGGCAGGCUGAAAUACCUGCACGGCAGCAAGGAUCCAGAUGAUGUAAUCUUACACAGUCUGGAAUGACAUCUUUUCAUCAGAUGAAGAAUGGAAGUGGUCUGUGGCCUAAAGAAAUAAUCCAAAGAAAGGGAACUGUGCAAUUGUGUAAGUUAAGAUCCAAGCAGAACUAGUUAUUACUAAUUUUAAGACAUUACACUAAAGAAAGUUAAUAUCUGCUGUUAUAUUUCAUUAAGUCAAUAUGGUGGUUGUUUUAUCAAUGCUGUAUAUAAUUAUUCCUUACUUUGUACCUUUCCAUAGUUAUUUAUUGGACAGGAUAAUAGUUCUUUUCCUAAGAUGUGAAAUUCCAAAGUACUCUUACACAAGGCUGAAGAUGUGUUACUGUUAGCCUCACUGGUGAAGCAGUCAACGCUUAUUUUUGUAGACCUCAUUUGCCUUCAGACAUAUUAUGUAUAUUCUUUGCUUUUUUCUUCACAAGAGGUUAGAACAAAUAUUUUGCAUAUUCUCCUACUAAUACUCUUUACAGCAAAGUAAAACUAACAAAUGGACACCCUGGCUCAAGGGACAAAUGAAGUUUUGAUCUUGAAAAAAAAAAUCCAUUAAUAAGCAGUUGUCGCUGCUGCAUCUGAAUGCAUCCCAUUUGUACUCAAUUCUCAACCAGUGUUGAAAGUUCAGUAGAUUCUGUGACCAAAACUUUAAGGAAUGUAACAAUGCUCACACAGCCUUUGUGCUAAAACACCCCUUUGUAACAAAAGGUACACGAGGCAGUUUACUCUUGUUUUGUUAUCAAGUUUGUUUGUAUCUUACCCCUGUUCCAAUCCACCUAGUUAAGAUAUACAGGUAAAAUUUUAAAGGUGAUUAAAUCCCUGAUUCUUCAGCCUAUUUUCCUACAUGAAAAUGUUUUAUUUGAGUGGGAGUGAGGUACAUACCCAGUAGAGAGAAUAGGGAAUAUCAAAUCACUUACAGAAAUCAUGUACAAAAACAUCACUCUGAAUGAGUAAGUAAAUGAAAGCUAUGCCCAUAAAGGAACUGUUACAGAGAGUAUUUCUUCCAAAUUUCGUUAAUCAAAAUAAACUAACCAUAACCAACUGGUGUUUUUUAUCCUCACACAAAAUCUCCCGUUUAGUAUUUGCCAACCUGAAUGGAGUGUGGCAAUACUAAUUUAAGAAAGGGACUGAUUCACCAUUCACCAGAAAGUUUAAUCCCAUUGAAGAAUUCAGAUAUUUUUAAGAACAGGAGUAAUAGUUUACAUAAUCAACAGUUCAGAAGUAAACCACUGAAAAAUAUUCAAAAUUCGGAAUGCCUUGAAACUCACUAAAAAGGUGGCCAGCCAUAUUAGGCUGCAACUCUUAUUUAAAGCCAGCAGUUAAAAAUGUAAUUCACAUGGCUGCUUUUAUGUGCUUGGAGACAGUGCAGAAUUGAACUCUAGUAGAGCAAAGUGGUAGUAAUGUAAGUUUACUUAGAUUGCAUUUCACACUACUCCUUCAAGUACAGACCUAGAGAAAGAACUGUAUUAUAUAAAUAUACCUCAAUUUAGAAUCAUUAGAUUUUAUUAUUCAGUCUGCUUUUCUGGAAUGGCUUUUCAUUCUGUUCUGUGAACAAUUUAUAAAAAGUGAAUAUGUAAACUUCAGUAUUAUUACUGUCCUCUGAAGGGAUCUGCUGCCUUUGAACAAAUAAUUCUUAACAGCAAGGUUUAUCUUAAUGUUAUACUGGAAAGGCCAGAUCCUCAAUUUGAUAAAUCACUAUAGCUCAAUUCAAAUAAAAAGAAGUAUAAUUUAUAUUCUGCUGAGAAUCUAGCCUUCUGAUUUUUAAUCUUUAUGAAUUUUUAAUAAAUUAAAGCCCUGAUUUUAACCACACUCUUAGAAGUGUUUUGUAUUUUGAACAUAGCCUGUAAACUUUAUGGCAUUAAAGGAGAAUUUCAAUGGGCUUUCUCAAACUAAGGAAACAUGCUGCAAAGUUACAAUGAAAACACACAAAUAUUCUGCCAAAAAAGCUGUCUGAAAAUGGGCAAUGUUACUGUACAGCUUUAAAAAGUAAAAUUGUAUAUGAUGAUAUUGUGUUCAACUAGACAUGUAUAGAAAUAAAUGCAGAAGAGCAAGAUAUGCAAAUUCAAAGCACUGUCUUUGUGUUGUAUGCAACUCCUUGCAACUGGCUUUACAACUAAAAUAUUAAUAUAUUAACAUUUUCUUUAUUAAGCCUUCACUUAGCAGCCCUCUGUGAUGUGUCUUUUAGUCCUUGGAAUUUUGCAUUAACUAUUACUGCUUACAGUGUACUGUAUGUAUUUGUGGCAUUAUCAGGCUAAUGAGAAACACCUUCAAAUAAACACUUAGGUGUUAUGAAAUGUUAUUUCACACCAGAAAAUGAAA